AAGACACUGAGAAAAAGCUUGUCAACACCUAUGUUUGCGAUCUUAUACAAGUAAUCAUGGAGGUGUACAGGGUAUUUACAAAUAAGGAGCCCGAUGAAGUUUCCAUCAUUGAAACACCAUAUGGGGGUCGUCUUGUGAUUGUCAUGCCAGAGGGAAACAUGCUUUACAUCCACAUUAAAGACAAAGAACUGAUUCGAAACAAAAAGAGAUGGUCACAGAUCAUGUACCUGUAUUACCUGCUUGGCUGGAAAGGAUACAAUGUCAAAAACCCUCAGAAAAUAACAAGACAAAACAACCCAAGUCGUGCCAGUCUCAUAUCAUUAGAUGGUGAGAGUUAUUUGCUACCUUCGUAUGACAAUGACAGCAAGAGGAGGCAUAUAUCUGACGAAAACACAUAUAUCAUGGCCUUGGAUGGAGACACAGACUUCCACCCCGCCGCUCUGAUUCUGCUCGUCGAUCGUCUGAGAAUGUAUGACACCGUGGGCGCAGCCUGUGGACGCAUCCACCCCACUGGAAUGGGCCCAAUGGUGUGGUAUCAGAAGUUCGAGUACGCAGUGGGUCACUGGCUUCAGAAGACAGCAGAGCACGUGUUUGGCUCAGUUCUGUGCAGUCCAGGCUGUUUCAGUCUGUUCAGAGGAUCUGCACUGAUGGACGACAACGUCCUGAAGCGAUACACCACCAAAGCCACACGAGCCUCUGAGUAUGUGCAGUAUGAUCAAGGUGAGGACCGUUGGCUGUGCACUCUUCUCCUGCAGCAGGGCUGGCGGGUGGAGUAUAACGCUGCUUCAGAUGCUUUCACCAACUCACCGCAAGAGUUCAAAGAGUUUUACAACCAGAGGCGUCGAUGGGGUCCUUCAACACUGGCCAACACUCUCGAUCUGCUCCAUAGCGGGAAAGACACGGUCAAGAGGAACACCUCCAUAUCCAUGCUCUACAUCUUAUAUCAGACCUUCACUGUGGCUUCCUCCAUCCUGGGACCUGCCUCUGUCACCCUCAUGGUAGCAGGAGCUUUCCAAUUUGUUUUUGGAAUUGAAGGCACUCUUUCUAUAAUAAUUGCUGUUGUACCUCCAGCUGUUUACAUGCUCAUAUGUUUUUUGGCCAAACCCAACUUCCAAAUCACAAUUGCUGCCAUUCUCAGUGUCAUAUAUGCAUUCCUGAUGACUGCAUCCUUCUUUUCCAUUAUUGGUGACAUGGUUAAACAGGAAACAUUUAUAACUCCUACUGGACUCUUCCUGGUGUCUGGUGCGAUCCUUUACAUGGUGACAGCCAUUCUUCACCCUCAAGAGUGCACUUUGAUUAUCUACGGUCUGAUGUACUUCAUUUGCAUUCCCAGUGGAUAUCUCCUCCUCACCAUAUAUUCCCUUGUCAACAUGCACAUUGUAUCUUGGGGCACUCGAGAAUCCAACAAGGCGAAGGAGCAGAAAAAGCAAGUGGGUGCUGUGUGCAAUCGUGACUGCAAAAUGUGCUGUUGGGAUGUGAAAAUCCAAGUCACUCAAGAGACUGAAAAUCUAGUCCUUCAACAAAUCCAGCAAGCCGUCAAUCCAAACACACCUGCUGCCAAAACCGAGCCAGAAGAGCCGAAGGCUCAGAGCAACCAUGAUGUCCAGAACAGCUUAGAUGCGAACAAACACAUCCUUGACUACAUCGAGGAGAUGCCUCGUAAGAAGGACAAUUCCAAAGAGAAUCUCAACAAGGACAAUGAGGAAAAAGACAGUUGCUCUGAUAGAAGUGGGAGUUCCAAAAGCUGUGAGAAAAAAGCCGACCCAUUUAAUGAUGACACAGACUAUGAUGAUGAUGACGAUGACGAUGAUGAUGAUUAUUACAAUGAUUACGAUACUCUGGAGCCGAAAGAAGUUGUGCCUGAGAGUGACUGGGUGGAGCCCGUGAAGAAAGAGUUCCUGAAGAAACUGACGUAUGCAAAUCUGAAGAGAAACCUUCAGGAGCAGAUCCGAUACACACUGAGAAACAAGAACCAGGAGGAUCUGUGCGAGGAACUGGUGCUGAUUCUCACCGACACCCUGAACGAGGAGCUGAGGGAUAAAGUGGGUCCCGAGGAUGUCUUGAGUGUGAGUCAGCUGGAGGAACUGCAGUAUGCUCUGAACGAAGCCGCCAGGCGCAUCGUGAAGACAAACCGCAUCGAGAACGGAGCGCAGCGACUGGAGCGGCGUGUCAAGAGGGCAAUCGAAAGAACCCUUGUGGCUCCACAGGUUGAGAAACUAUCUGAGGAUGAACACGAUUUCUGGAAUAAACUGAUAGAGCGUUAUCUACUACCCAUUCAAGAUAACAAAGCUCACCUCGAGGAAGUGACACGGGAACUAAAGUCGCUACGGAACAAGGCAGUGUUUUUGUACUUCAUAAUUAAUGUCCUAUGGAUUGUAGCGACGUUCUUCCUUCAGGCCAUUGGCACUGAUGUUCUGAGCAUCAAUAUUCCAAAGUACUAUCCUAACGGAACUUUGGCACCAGAUCCCUUGAGGGUGGAGCCUUUGAGUUUGAUGUUUCUGCUGUCAUUCGCCCUUCUGCUCAUCAUCCAGUUCUUGGCUAUGCUUUACCACAGAGUAUACACCCUCAUCCAUGUGGUCUCAUACAGAAGCACAGAGAAAGACUACAAAGAAAAAGAUGAGGAGGACGAAGAGGAGGGAUUGAUCCUGGGGAAUCCCGUUAAUCUUACCGUCACUGCUGACGACUUGUGAAACGCUGAUUCUUUCGCUCCUAGUUAGUGAAGUUACAGGUGAAGUGAAUUUCUCAUGCAUGAAGAAGAAGAAGCCAGAUCAACACCACAUGCCUGAAA